CUGAUGCCCUAGGCGCGCCCCUACCGCUUCCCCUUGGCGGAGCCGCGAAGGCGAAGGCGGAGCGAGAGAGCGGAGGCGGCUGCAGAGGCGUCGGAGCCUGGCUAGGCGCGCCGGAGGCCCCGGCGGCGGCUCUAGGCUGAGCGCAGGCACGGGCGCCUCCGGGCAGCGACAGCGCGCGGCGCAAGGAUGCCCGGUUGGAGCGGUCCGUCGACGCUUGGCUGGCUGGCGGCGGCGGCAGGCUUGGACCUUUGAACGCGGCCGCGGAGCGCCUGGGGUGCGUGACAUGUCUGGUACCAUGAAAAGCCGAUGGGAUGCAGCUUGGCUCCUGCUUCUGGCAUUAAAGGCCUUUGGGCUGAAAGAAGGAGAUCAGGAUGCCUCCGUGGGUCUGCAGUGUUUAUGGAUACUACCCAACAAUGUUGUGAACUGCAGUUGGUCUGCUCUUGAUGUCAACUCCACCCCUGUCCUCUUCUACCAGAGCCACAAAUACCACCCAGGUCAGAUUCUCCAAGAGCAGGCUCAGCAGGAAAAGAACUGGCUGGUCACUGGGAAAGGCCAGCUGAUGCUGGGAGACCUCUACAGCGUGUGGCUGGAGACCCGUGGUGCUGCUGGGAUGGAAGCAUCCGAAAAGUUAAACUUCAGCCUGGAUGAGAUAGUGAAACCCCCUGCUCCUGACCUGGACCCUGUGGCAGUGAGUUCCUCUGGAGUUACCGUGAGAUGGACAAACCCUCACUGGUCAGAACACUUCGCUCAUCAGACUCUUGACUGUGAACUUCGGUACAAGACAUCCAAAGAUGAUGUGUGGACAUGUCUGGAUGCGGAGGACGUGUCCCAAGAAGGCCACGAACUUGAAGACCUGGAUCCGUUCACGUUGUACGAGGUGCAGGCCCGUUGCUUCCCAGGAGAUGGCCAGGGUUUCUGGAGUGAAUGGAGCCCUCCCCAACCCUUCAGGACCCCUGAGGCUGCUCCAUUGGGCCAGCUGGACGUGUGGCAGAAAGUUAAUCUUCCAGAGAAUCCGGAACAAAAGCGCCACCUUCUGUGGAAGGCUCUCGAUCAAGACACAGCCAGAGGGAACAUCCUGAACUAUGCUGUGGACUUCUUGGACAACCACAAGACCAUUGUGGCCAGUUUAGUGUGCGUUUGCUGCAAUGUUUCUGUCCCUGCCUCUGCCAGCUAUGCUCAGGUCUCAGCAUGCAAUUCUGCUGGGAAGACGCCACCUGCUAUCCUCAGCUUGGAACAGACAGAUCUCCCAGGCCCGUGGGAGGUUCGUGUGCUGCCCAUCCGGAGCCUGGGUCUCAACGUGACUUGGAAGUUCAGCCCAAGCGCGGGGGCAGCCCAGCCUGAGCAGUAUGUGGUGGAGUGGAGAGAAGAGGUUUCCAGUGAGCUGUUGAACUGGACGCGCAGGCCUGUCGGCUGCAGCACCGUUCUGCUGAGAGGUGACUUUCGACCCAAGGAACCUUACCUUGUGUCUGUUUAUGCGGUCUAUGCUCAAGGAAGCAACUCCUCAGCUCCUGUUCGAGCCUACUUCCAGGAAGGAGUUCCAUCUGCUGGACCCCAUGCAGUGCAGGACAGAAGCAUUUCUUCAACAGUCUCACUCAUCUCCUGGGAAGAGAUUCCCUUGGCAAAUCGGAGUGGGCUCCUCACACACUACACAAUCUACCUGAAGCCUCCCACCUCCAGGAGCCCCAAAGUGUACAGCCCCAUUGGUGCUACAGAAAGGAGCUACACUCUCGAGGGCCUGGAGCCUGGAAUGCCCUACCAGCUCUGGAUGACGGGCUCCACCUCUGCUGGGGAAGGCAUCGCCAGCCCUGUGCACCACUUCCGCACUCAUGGUGCCCACUGGCAAAUCUUCGUAGCGGUCCUCUUGAGUGUGGGAUUCUUGCUCCUUCUUGCCGUUGUUGUGAUGCUCAUUAUGCGUACACGGGUCUUGAGCUUUUGCCACAAAGUUCUGCCCUUGUGGUGCUGGGAGAGGGUUCCAGAUCCAGGACAUAGUCUUGUUCUCGUAAAGAUGGGGGUGCAGGGCGCAGCCCUUGCUAAGGAGGCUCCAUAUCAGGCCCCGGCCAAGCCCCCGGAGGAGACGGACGUUCUUGAAAUAACAGAGCCAGCCCCGCCACAGAUGAUUCAACCUGCUCCGGUGUUUUCUGGUUAUGAGAAGCAUUUCAUACCCACCCGUGAGGAGCUGCAGAGACUGGCUUGAAGAGAGGACGAGACUUCAGCUUCUAAGGACCCACGAGGGACAUGAAGGGGACGGAGGGUGGGGAGAGAGUCUUGUCUCAGUUCACCCCCAGUCCAGUGAGUGAGUGACUCACUUCCCACAAAGGUCUGUUUCUCAGGAAACCAGUAUCUCAGGAGAAGCUUGCUAUGCCAUCAUCUUUGGCUAGCAAAGGAUUAGUCUCUGUAGGGCUGUCAGUCCCAGAGGAACUAACCAAGCUUCUCGGCCCAAAUCGGCACGGCUGUGUCACCUUGUGCUGGAACCUUCUCAGGGAUAUUCUGCUCGGCUUCGGUUGGGGUGCUUUCUCUCCCCACCCUUUUGCACAUACCUGAUCUAAUGGAUCUGACAUAUCCUCUGAUGGAAAGGACAAAGCCCUGCCCCACCUGGCAGGUACUAAAGGCUUCCUUCAUCUGCCUUGGCUCAGGUUCAGAUUCCAUCAGAUCCUAUGAGAUGAACGGCUGCCUCUGGAACUGGGGGCCUUCUUGACUGUGGAAUGAUAUGUUGCAAGAUGGAGGCGUGCUUUCCUCUUUUCAUUUUUAAGGAAAGGUUGUAGAACUUCCUACCUACAUGGGGGAGAGGUGUUUGUUACUUAGG